CUCCUGCUCAGACUAUAAGAAACUCUGGGAGUCUGUCAGUCACUGUUAACUCUGUUUUAGCUGCUCGCUCGCUCGCUCUUCUCCUCCCCCCCUCGGCUGUUCUUUCCCCCCUCUCUCCAGCUCUCAUCAUUGUUGUUUCUGGUGCCGUUCUUUAUUCUCGCCUGUUGCUUCUCCUCCUCCUCCUCCUCCUCCUCCUCCUCCUCCUCUAGCUGCUGUUGCCGCUAACUUAAACUAGAGAGAAAGCGCUCUGUGAUGGACUGCUGAACGGCUCGUGCAUCGCUACAAAGUGAGCUUUGAGAAGAGUGACUGACAGGACCGAGCGGACAGACAGACAGACAUGGGGAAGCAGAACAGCAAGCUGCGUCCCGAGGUGAUGCAGGACCUGCUGGAGAGCACGGACUUCACCGAGCACGAGAUCCAGGAGUGGUACAAGGGCUUCCUGCGGGACUGCCCCAGCGGCAACCUCUCCAUGGAGGAGUUCAAGAAGAUCUACGGAAACUUCUUCCCCUACGGAGACGCCUCCAAGUUCGCCGAGCACGUCUUUCGCACUUUUGACGCCAACGGCGACGGCACCAUUGACUUCAGGGAGUUUAUCAUCGCGCUGAGCGUCACGUCGCGCGGCAAGUUGGAGCAGAAGCUGAAAUGGGCCUUCAGCAUGUACGACCUGGACGGGAACGGCUACAUCAGUAAAUCUGAGAUGCUGGAGAUCGUGCAGGCCAUUUACAAGAUGGUGUCCUCCGUGAUGAAGAUGCCUGAGGACGAGUCGACACCCGAGAAGAGGACGGAGAAGAUCUUCAGGCAGAUGGACACCAACCGAGACGGCAAACUGUCGCUGGAGGAGUUCAUCAAGGGAGCGAAGAGCGACCCCUCCAUCGUCCGCCUCCUGCAGUGCGACCCCAGCAGCGCCGGCCAGUUCUGAACCCGAGGCAUCCAAACAUCUUUCUUCUUUGGGUGACUCUGACUACCUGCAACUCUCCUCUACGGAGUAGACUCAAGAUGAAGAAUGACAAGAAGAUGAAGACAGUGAAGAAGUCAGGCCUUUAAUGGGUUCUGAGGACUUUCAAAAGACGGACACAGGAACCCACCUCCACCUCCACCUCCACCCCCACCUCCAACAGUUUAAGUUGUGUAUCUGAACCCUCUGAACUCCAGCAGAGACUGAUCUCUCAUCGGUUUCCCCCCCUCAGUUGUCCCCUAGGCAUGUUAGAGUGUAGAGCAGGUGUCCUGUAGGCUGUAUAUAGACGCAGUACGAGCUGGAGUCUGUGUCGGUGUCUUUGCUUGGCUCUCUGUGCUCGCCGGGGCUCCAGCCACACGGAGCCUCCAUCACUCUCUUGUGUGUGACAGAGUGCGUGCAUGAGAACCUUAGGAGAGAGACGGGACGGUGUUGAGUAGCGGGACUCAUCACUGAGAUCCUUCCACCCACACAGAGGACCUGUGGAGCUUGUCUUUCCCUCAGAACGAGUACCGCUUUCAGUUUCCUCCUUCCUACUGUGAGAUUGUGCACGUGUUUUUUUGCAAACUUGAUCGACUUUUUUUGUUUAUAUAUUGUGCUGGGACUAAAAACGAACAUGUACUAUUAUGCUACUAGGCAUAUGCACCCUUAAUCAGUAGUUUGAUUUUGUGAAGUCUUUGCUGACGUGAUGAAGGGUGGAGAGCAUCCCUCUCUCCAUCAUUUGUUCCUGUGUUUUUAUUUAGUUUUACUCUUGUUUUUAUUCAGGUUUGACAGCAGACAGUGUUACUGUGCUCCAGCUUCCAGCAUCUUAGAAAAACAGUCUGUACAGAUCUUCAGAUACAUUGUAGAUAUCUUAAAAGUGCACCAAACGUUUUUUCGUUAGUCCAUAUCCAGAAUGCUCGGCUCAGAACAAAUGUUGUGAAAAGAAAAUAAUAAUAACAAUAGAAAAUGGUUGUUAUUUUAAGCUGUUUUGCAGAUAUCAAGCAUGCAGGAGCAGUUUCUUUUACUUUGAUCAUGUGAAGGACAAAGACAGUUCCUCACGCUCACUUUUAGGCAUUUUUAAACGCUGCAUGUUGAAUAAGUCUUAGGGUACAGCGUUAUAUAGCGUAACAUCACAUAUGCAUGUUUGUGUUUUUAAUGUAAGUUUAUAGAUAUCAGACAGACGUCGCUGUUGGUCCCACAUCAGCAGGGGACUCGCAUCACUUUUUUUUUGCCCCCAUCUUUUAUCCGUAUUUGCCUCUUUCACUCCGGUUCAACGGAAAAACACGCUAAGAAGCUGGAAGAUAUUUUGAAGAUAUUCCAAGGGUCAUUUGUCCUCGAAUGUAACCGAGCAGCACACCUGUUUCACUUCCUGCAAUAUUUUCUGAGGAGACGUGCUCUGAAUGUUCAAAGAAGACUGCGGGUUGUUUUCCUAAAAAAGAGAAUAUGCAGACCAACAAACGGAACCAUGACUACUGCAAUGAUACUGUCACAAUGUGUUGCUUUUCUUGUUUUUUUUUUGUUUUUUUUACACGGAUGGAUGCUUAUAAAAGAAAUGUGUCCUGUAACAUUUCUAUUAAAGCACAAAUUAGCAAAUCAUGCUAAAGUGCCAAAUAAAAACAAAACAGUAUUGUACAAAUUUAAACUGUAAAAUUGUUGUAUGUUGAACAAAGAGUUUGUAAUUUGUGCAUUUUGUAGGUUUUGUAUGGUAAUCUUGUAAGUAGUGACUGCAGUUUUGGAUUCUGGGUUGUUUUUAGGUAGUUUUUUUUUGUUUUUUUUUGGUCAUUUAAAAGGCAAGAAUUUAAAAUACAUUAUGUGCAAGUAUCCAUGUGGUUGGUUAAUUGUGUAAUACUGUGAGUUUUAGCUUGCUGGUGUGCAUGUGUACGGUGGAUAAUAUAUGAACGAAAAAUACUAAAGAUGAUUUUGAAUUGUGACAA